ACAGUAGUUAUCAGAAGCUAAGAUAAGUGAGAAUAAGAUGUGGGUCCACACACCACAUCCAUGGGGUAUUUAUUCAUUUUCUGGUAGAGAGACUCGUACCAAGUAACUACAUAUCUAUCUAGAAGCGACAUGGGAUUAUUCAGGAACCAUGUCGGUGUUUUGUCGCGUCUCUAGUGACGCGUUAUUAUUAUUAUACUUUUCUUAGCGUAUUAAUUUUAGGAAUUCCCCUAGUAUGUUCCUAGUGUGUUUUUAGUAUUUUUCUUAAUCUUAUAGCUGGGCCGUUAUUAUCUUGUAUAUUGAAAUAUACAACAUCUAGUAUACAAUGAGAAUCGCUUGCGCUAUUUUGGUUGCCUUAUUGGCUCUGAACUCCGUAUUCGCUAGCCAUUGGGCUUGCUACCGACGACGAGACACAAGCUUUGGUUGGAAUAUUGAUGCUGUCCUUGCAGAUCCAAAUGGCAUCAUCAUUGCCCAAACGGGUUUCCACAAUGAAGAUGCCGAUGUUUACACAAAGAAGAAUAGCAGAGGAAGGAUGGACAUCAAUAGGGAUUUCCAGCACUGGUCUUGUGCUACUGAUGGUGUUGAUCAUGGAGGCUUCGUUGCUAAUGAGGUGAAGACACUUGGCAACAGAAUCGACAAGAUUGCUUUUGGAUGCUAUGACUUGGGUGGAACAGAUUACUGCAAGCAAUAUGACUACAUCAAAAACAUGUGCUAUGGAUGGCUAAACCAGGUCAAAGAUGGGAAGUUGAAGGUCUAAAAGUGUUUUAGUAUCCCCGAU